CGUUAAAGGUUCAAACAGUGAUCUUUGCACAGUUCAAUAAGCGAUGAAGUAACAUUUGAGCUUUCAAGCAAGAAAGUCUUCACAAUUCGUGAGAAACAGGGUUUUCCGUUCUGGAUGCAGCAGAAUUUGCAUGAAAUAGAGCAUCAAACCAUGGUCACAGCUGUCGUACAACCCCAAGAAGUGGGGGAUUGUUCCAAUUCUUUGCUGUCGUCAUCAAGCGGUUGGUCAAGUAAAACCUCUACCGGCAUCAAGAAGAAAAAGAUGGUCUUCGACACACCUCGACUUCUGGAAGAAUCACAGCUCGAAGACCCACAAUCACUCAGAUCGAGGAUUUUGCGUUCGAGGGAGCCUCACGACUGGAGCUCUCUGAUAGAGAAACGGGGAAUGAAAAAGGAUCCCAUUACCACUGGGCAUGAGUCCGUGAUAAGCGAGAAGAUUUUUGAAGGUAGGCCUCCUCGAAAUCAGGAUGAAGAUUUUCUACACGAAGCUUCUUUGCUCUAUGAUGCCAUCAACCGCUGCAACGGUGUCGUCACGGAGAAGGGAGCGGUCGACUGCUUAAAUCAGAACGGGAUUCACCUCAAAGGGAUCGCGAAGCCGAGCGACAAGGAGAUGGACUUGGUUGAUUUCACGUCUCUGCUCCGGAGAGGCAUGCGAACUCAUGCAGGCCCUGCGAACCGAACGCUUGCAUUACGAAGAUUUCGGCAGACGCCGGCGAUUGAGUUCGAUUUGCUGAAAUGUCUUUCUUCUUUUCAAGAUAGCAUCCAAGAGGGUCUCAAUGAAACGAUUAAGGGAAUCGUACAGCAUCGUUUUUCCACGAACUACAAAUGGAUGUAACUGACAGUGACUGUCACUGUCUUGAUUUUGUUAUCCUUGUCGACAAAGCUAGAUCGAUUUCCAUGCCACGCUCUUAACGGUUAAGUUAGUCAUAAUUCUGAAUUAAGUUAGUCAUAAUUCUGAAUCUUGUUGCAAUGAAUUCAUUCGAUAGUCUG